UUUGCAGUUAACUUAUUUUGCGCUAAGUAAAUUAAAAUGCCAUUCUUUAGUGGACGCUGCUUGAGCACAGCCAAGUUGGUCGGCAAGACUGCUGUAAUUACGGGAUGUAGUUCCGGAAUUGGCAAAGAGACUGCUUUAGACUUUUAUAAAAGAGGAGCAAGAGUAAUUAUGGCUUGUCGCGAUUUAGAAAAGGCAGCAGCUGUCAAGUCUGAAAUAGAGGAAAAAUGCAAGAAUGUUGCAGAGUCAGGCAAGCUGGUACUUGUUAAAUGUGAUCUAGCUUCUUUGAAAUCUGUCCGGGAAUGUGCUCAAACAAUAUUAGAUACGGAACUACAGAUUAAAAUCUUAGUUAACAAUGCCGGUGUCAUGAUGUGCCCUAAGAGUUACACAGAAGAUGGGUUUGAAAUGCAGUUUGGGACAAACCACUUGGCACACUUUUUGUUAACUAUGCUCCUUCUGCCCCGCAUGAGGAACAGCACUCCAGCAAGGAUUGUAACUGUCUCCUCCGCAGCCCAUACCAGAUAUGAUAUCAACUUUGAUGACUUAAAUUAUAAAACUAGGUCAUACAGCCCUGCGGAAGCUUAUUCUCAAAGCAAGCUAGCCAAUGUUUUGUUCUCUAAGGAACUGGCUUCUAAAUUGAAGGAACAUAACAUUGAUGGUAUAUAUACAUACAGUUUGCAUCCAGGUGUAAUAAAAACUGAAUUGGGUAGACAUUUGGAUGACAGCUUGUUUUGGGGAGCCCGUCGACUAAUUGGCAUAAUGUUUAUGCCAUUCCUUAAGUCUCCUGAACUUGGUGCUCAAACAACCAUAUAUUGUUCUGUUGAUGAAAAAUGUGCAGAUGAAACUGGCUUAUAUUACAGUGACUGUGUUGUUAAAACUCCCGCCAGAAAGGCUCUAAACGACGAAUACGCUAAGAAACUGUGGGAAGUAUCGAUGGAUCUUGUUGGACUAAAGAAUUACAACCCGUUUACAGCUGAGGACUCUGCUCCAAAGCAGAAUUAGA